UAUGAAUGGGCCUCGCGCUCUCGGGGGAAGGAGCGCCCAUUCAUGCCUUUCCGCUUUGAUCCAGGCGGCGUUAGGACCCGCGCGGCGGGCGGCGAGGAGGAGGCGGCGGCGGCGGCGGAGGCUGCUUGGCCGGGUCGGGCGAGGCGGCUCCUUCCGAGGUGAUCCUGAUCCGGCUCUUUGCUCGCUGCAGGCCCGGCAGCAGGAGGAGGAAGGAGGAGGAGAAGGAGAAGGAGAAAGAGAAAAGGAGAUGCCGAGCAAGAAGAAGAAGUACAACGCGCGCUUUCCUCCGGCUCGAAUCAAGAAGAUAAUGCAGACUGAUGAGGAGAUUGGCAAGGUGGCAGCGGCUGUUCCUGUGAUUAUCUCUCGGGCGCUGGAGCUCUUUCUAGAAUCGCUACUGAAGAAGGCCUGUCACGUGACGCAGUCCAGGAAUGCCAAGACCAUGACCACGUCGCACUUGAAACAAUGCAUAGAGCUGGAGCAACAGUUUGACUUCCUGAAGGACCUCGUUGCUUCUGUGCCAGAUAUGCAAGGAGACACAGAGGAUAACCUCCUGGAGGGGGAGAAAGUUUCCAGGAGGGGCCGGAAACCUGGCACUGGGCGAAAGAACGGCGGCCCAGGCAAAGGACGGGAUCCAAAGCAAUCGGGCACCGACUCGGAGCAAGAGGAUGACACUGAAGACAGCGAGAGCAACGGGGAGGAGGAAGUGUCCCACAUCGCCCCUCCUGUGCGACCUGCCAUGCAUCUCUCCACUGCUCCAACACCGUAUCUACAUUUCACUUCCCCGCCGGUUCCCGCAAUACCUCUACCUGUCGCUGCACCAAUGGGGACGGUGCCAGUUGCGCCCCCACCUGCUCCACUUGCGCCAGCCCAGGAAGACGAGGAGGAUUAUGACUCAUAGCCCUAGUUCUGGUUUUUUGCUGUUGCCACUUUGGGGAGGGGUGGGGGGUGG